AUGUCCAAUAAAUCAUUGUUUAUUAAAUCAGGAUUCGUUAGAGCCCCAUUGCAAAAUGGCGUAGGGCGUUACGUGUGCCAAUUACAGCGGAUAGUUCUUAAAUUCUGCAAAAGCCAUGGUGGCUCCCGUGGUAUUAGAGAUUUCAUCGAACAGGAUUUGGUGGAUUUUGCAAAAAAUAGCCCUGGUACAGUUGUGUACUUAAAGCCUCGUAGGCACAGAUCACCAGUGAUAGUUGCUGAAUAUUUAAAUGGCGACAGAGUCUGGAUGAGCGUACAUCAGAAGACACACUCUGAAAUAACAAAGUGGAUAGAAAAUCUCCGCACCCAGCAAGGCGAUGUGGCUGCAACACGACUCCGUAAAUACCAAUACACCGACCAUCCCUCAAUACAAGGACCAUGGACACCUUUCACAUUUAAGGACCCGGAAUUAAACACCGCAGUAUUACCAGAUCCUAAGUUCGGUGCUAAUAACAGAUUGCCGGUUUCUGCGACAGAGAAAUUGAGGUUGUUAUUUGAAAAACAAAAGUUGAGUGAUGUACAGACAGCAGAAUAA